AUGUCAAACGGUCAUUUUGGCGGCCUGGAAUCCUGUCAGAAGAGAACGCCUGCAGAACCUCCAAUGGAAAGCCUCUUGUGUGAAAGCUGCAAGCUAAACCGAACUGCACAGUACAAGCAGAACGAUCCGAUUACGGCGCUUGGAGAACAACUCGCUCGCUUCAUGGAGAGGUUCGACCAAUUUGAUAAGAAGAUUGUAGCUAAGAUUGAAGCCCUUCAAGCUGACUCUCUAAAUCACAAGAAUUCCCCUAGCAAACAGAUGGAAGAAAGCCUGAUUCAGCUUAUGCUGGGCAAUUAA